AACCAAGCCAAUGGCAAUACAAAUACUAGGCCCUACUACAACGAACACAGUUCUUUUAAAAAUACAUAUCGCCCACACCACCACCAUAGAGAGAAAGGACUCUAUGGCACACACCCUGAGGCACGAGUGUACUACACGGGUGCCACUACCUUCUACAUUGCUCCAUGCUUCUACUACCUCCUCCAGCUCAAUGCUAUUAUAGUAUUACACAGACGUCAUAAAAAUUGUUUCUCUUUUAUAAAACCUGGGUAGGCCUACGUUGUGCUAUUUUGGAGAAGAGUUACUGAACUGAAUACUUUUAUUAAACCACAAAAAGAAAUAAGGAAAUUGAUUGUUGCAUAUCUUCUGCCGGUCAUUUCUUUGCUGUGUGGGUGUGGAAAGCCUAAACUAAAACCAGUCUGCUGAGUGUUACAUCAUCAAAUCUGCCUCUACCUCCUGUGAAGCGAUGUUUCGUAAUCGUGGAAGACGACGUACCGAAGGACUUGGUCUCCUGCUACUGGCUGGGCAGCUGAUGCGAGUCGGGUUGGAUCGUAUACCACCGACCACGCUUGGCACCAUUGCUAUAAAUGUUGCCAUUUAUUUAAAGGUCCUGAAUCCAUACAUAAAGAUGUACCUGCGUAAUCCGGGAAUAAGGAAUGUUUGUGUGAGCACGUAUAGCGUCUGGUACCAAGGGGACUGGACUAGACUGGCCCUAGCGGCCUGGUUCCACCUGGACGACUGGCACCUCUAUUACAACAUGGUGUCGUUUCUUUGGAAAGGUAUAUCUCUUGAGAGACGGUUUGGGACGCUAUACUUUGCCUAUCUGAUUGCCGUGUUCUCGCUUCUGACUAACGCCACGAUGGUUGGACUGAACUUUGCCCUUGCCGAGGCCUUGGAAGAUGAAUCGUAUGUAGUCUCGUGUGCAGCUGGCUUUUCAGGUGUGAUAUUUGCGCUGAAGGUCCUAACAACCCACUACACCCCCGCUGGUACCCAGUAUGUCAUUGGGAUGUUCCCAGUGCCCUCUCGCUACGCCUGCUGGGCUGAGCUGGUACUCAUCCAGCUCCUGAUACCCCGUGCCUCAUUCACAGGACACCUGGCUGGGAUCCUGGUCGGUUUAGCAUUCGUCAAAGGACCACUGAAGGAUGUUCUAGAUAUACUCCCAGCAAUGCUGUCCUCAAGACCAGGAUUUCAGGGUGCAGGAACAACUGGUCGAAGGUCGUACACCUACACAUCACAGACUACAGGGGGCAGAACGACGGGCGCGGGAACGUCAGGCCAAAGACCCCCUUAUGACUCCUCUGGGAUGCCGGGUCAGAGACAUGCUGCAGGGAUGAACGAAGAAGAGCAAAUGCAGGAAGCUAUCAGAGCUAGCCUUCGUCAGGGCAACAGUAGACCCUCCAGGCCUCAAUAUUCAGAAAACAGCAGUCCCUCGUCUGCGACAGCCAGGCCCAGCGCACCUCCUUACGAGGACCAGCAGAACGGCUCUCGGCUUUACCCAAACCUUAAUGAAUUUACACAGCAACAAGGUCAAGGGUCACAGGGAUCGCGACACGUUGACGAAGACGAGUUACGACGGAGGCGGUUGCAGAGAUUCGAUCGAUAGAGGGAGCUGUUUACAGAUAGAGACUUGUUGUAUAUAAAGUAACAGUUUUUUUUUAUAAAUUGUAAAAAUAGUAUUUACUUUACAAAGCUUACAAUUUUAGGGGGAAAACGCCAUGCAUGAAGCCGCGUUUUCUCAAAUUUGCUCCACAAACCUGGAAUGCACUCACUAUCUCCAUUAGAAACUCUGACUCUUUAUGCAAGUUCCAUUUGCGCUGCAUUAUUGAUGUAGUGUUAUAUAAAUGCCUUUUGCAGGCAGGAAAUGUGAUCUUUGGAAGAAAGUAUGAACAUAUUGUUCUAGCACAGGGGCUGACCUAUACACCUCUCUUAAUAUUUAUUCAUGAGGUAUGUCACAAUGCUAACCCAAAACGAGGCGAUGGGCGCAGCCACUGUCAUAGCCUCAUUUUGGGUAAGAAUUAUGAUGUAAUGCAUAAAUAUUAAGAGAGGCGUAUAGUCUGAAUACUUGUUCAUAUUGUUUUGACUUUAAAGGCAUUGGACACUAUUAUAAACAUAUUGACUGGCAAUGAGGUAACUAGUGUACGUCUAUUCCCCCG